AUGGGAGGAGAGACACCAACAACGGAAUGCUCCACUAGCAGUGCUAGCGGUCAUUCGUGCAAUCCGGUCCCGGAUGAGCGCGAUGAAGGUGGGACUUCCCUCAAAAUUAACUUGAGCGAAUUAUAAUA